GCCGCGAACCGCGACCGCUCCAUAUUUGAGAUGCUUUUGACCUUCAUCAUAACCUUCAUCAUACACAGGUACCAUUUAUGAGUUUCGACAAUACUCAAUAGACUCAGUUUUAUGCAGGAGAUACUGGCGGUUAAUAGAAUGUUUGCGAAACAUUGAAUAAAGAGUAUAAAGGUCACCUUUAAAAUUAUCAUCUACAUAGCAACCAAGCACUUUUGUUGUAGACCUCCCUUGUUCUUUCAGCUUGUCGGAAACCUCCAAAAUGUCCAGGUCUGUCGACGGGGAACCUCAAAAGAGAUAGCAUACCCAUUACCCAUUACCCAUUACCCAUUAAACCCUUGGGAGUGUUCUUUGGUAUGCGAGAAGACAUAUUGAUAAGGCUGAUGCCAUGGGCACGAUGAAGGACAAUAGUGGUGGUGAUUCGUUUGCCAUCUACCAAAGCCGAUUACCGACGGCAAGGUCUUCACAUAGCCGUGGUAGUUACGAGGUCGGCGAAUCUAGCGCUGCUGCAAGCCUUAACGAGCCUUCAACAGGUACAACCACCCUAUCCUAUUCUUCUCGCAUAGACCCCGACGAAUCGAACUCGAGCCCCCAUGCGCCGGACCAGGGAGGUAAGGACCUGAAUCAUGAGGUGCAUAGACGGCGCCGGUCACAUAAACCCCGAUCGAGUGGAGGCUUUCUCCUUGCCAAUCCCCUUAUCAACGAACCGCCUAAACCAAGGUCGACGAGUCGGGAUGAUGGUCAUAGGCGAUCACGUUUACCGGUAGACAGCCGCAAGGGAAAGGGGUCUCUUGCUGUGCCGGAUAAGUUGAAUGCAACGGGUGCCCCUCGGAUGGGGCUGGGUAUUGAUGGGCAGGAAAUGAGGAGGUCGAGCGAUGGCCAAACACAGCGAACAAUAAGUCCGAUCCCUGAUGAAGAGGAGAGACGGCAUAGCCAUGGUGGACGAGGAAUCUCAAGGAUCCCAACUCCAACUCCGCGACCAAGUACGGCCCCCCUUGAUGUUGAUUCCACUCAGAUUGUGAACAUGGCUCUCAACCUGAGUGAAUCGAGGCGUAUGGCAGAAAGGAGAAAUAUGUCGACUCCUAUCCCUCCCCGACUUGCUCAAGUUCCUGACAGUCUGGCUGGGGGUGGUCUUAAGCAGCACUUACAGCAACAGAGAAGGACUUCUCGUAAUAUUUCACCAAGACCCGAGAAAGCUCUGUCUCCGAGGAUCAUGUCGGCAUCGACAAUGGCUAGCCCAUUGCAGUCUUUCGAUCCUGAUGGUAGCUAUCAGUACCAUUUCUCGUCUUCAACUCUUAAUCGGGCUCAGAAGGCGAAGGAAUACCUUGAAUUGAUGGCUCAAUACAGAAGGCUACUACAAUUUCUCCCACCACUACUUAAACAGGACGUCCGCUCCCGACCUUCAUCUUCUAACCUUUCAACGCCCUCCGCAUCUCUUGGAUCACCCUUGAACCCUCUUACUGGCGCACCGCAAGUCUCACUGGGUCGGGCUUACAAUCCCCUUCAAUACAUUCGGAACCGGAAGGUCCGAGCCCGGGAACGCAAAGCCAUUGAUGGAGAGGCGCAAGGCUUCUCGGAUACUUCAAGGGUGACGGAUUGGAUUGACGAGGCGGCAACAUCUGCAGCGACGUCAGCCCUAUCACUUGGGUCUUCUUCAUUGCCUCAUUUUCCGGGAGCACACGAACGUCCUGAUCAAGACCUCCCCCCUUCUAAUAUUCCGAGACCGAUCUCGACAAUAGCGAAACCUAAGCGGCUAAGAAUCGAUUGGACCAUCGAUCCCGCAGAUAUGCUUGCGGAUGCCUAUUGGCUAGAACAGGGAGAUAACAAAUAUCUCAUUGAAGACCGUCACUAUUCCAAGAUCUUCUCGCAAAAGCCGGAAACCCAGGUCCCGAUAUCCUACCAGGCAAACGAACCUAUUACGUCUAUUCUUUCCAUACCUUCUAUUAAGGAAGGCGACGUGGGUGAUGCCACUGCUGCUUCAGAGACAGACCAUACGAGUCCAACUAAGGUGGAGUUCGAGAUGCCUUCUUUAAGCGCACGGGAGCGUGCCCGUCAAAAGCUUCAAGAUCUAAGGGGAAUGCACCACAAACCGAAUAAUGCCUCCCAUAGCCAUGACUUCUUACGAUUUAGGAAGGGUUCAUUGUCAGAUACGUCGGAUAGUGAGAGUGACCGCAAGAGACGAAACCGUACCGGUACUAUUAGUGCUAACGGCACGGAUCUACUGGAAAAACAGAUGAUGGAGAUGCUGGCGAAAGAAGUUGAUGAGGAGCAGAAAACCUCGGACGAGCCUGAUAUUGGGCGCCUCAAGCAACUGCCCGCAAAUAUGGUGAUGUCUGAGAAGACUUCCCAUACUCCGGAGCAGAUGCGUAGUAGUAAGGAUUCACGAGUUGAGGUCAUUGAUAAUUAUGAUAAAGUCGGCCGUGGAAGAGUAUUACAAGGGUCUCCUGCAGGGUCGGGGCGUGCCAGUCUUGAGGUCCCUGGUCAGAAUUAUAGGCUAUCGGUGGAGUUGGACUCUUCUCGACCAGCGUCGCCAGAGACAAGAUCACGAGGCCGUAAUAUUUAUAUGCCAACCAUUGGCAUGGAUAUUUCCCCGCCUGAUAGCCGACCGGGGUCUCCCAGCCGAAAGCCUUUCUCAAGGGUUAAGAGUAUCUUCCGCGAUCGUAGUAAGGAGCGAGAACGUGGUGCUGAUAAUUUGGUCCGCGAUAAAGGUGACAAGGUGGAUAGUCCUACCGAGCAGCCUGAGCUACUAAGUCCCUCUACUGGGACUACGGAGCGAUUUGGUUCGCCUGAUCGGCGUAGGUCUAAGAGCCUCACACGCAAGCUCAAUCCGCGAAAUACCAACGAGAGCCACAAAUCACACCGUAGCAUGGGAAGUAUUAAAAUAAAACCCGAUGAGCAGGUUGGUCUUCGAACUAUUUUUAAAGGAGGCGCCAAAUUAGAUGGCAUGAUACGUGGUGGCGUUUCUAAAGUCACUGACUUCUUAUGGAAGAAAGAUUCUGACACUGAGGAUUCUUCGUCAUCUUCGUCGAGCGAAGACUCGGAGGAUGAUUCUAAGAGAGGUAGACUUAGGAAUUCGUUUGCCUUGUCUCGUAGCAACUCGCGACGUCGGGAUGAGAGCAACCGUCGGAAGAACUACCUGGACGUUAUGCCUCCAUUCAAAUCGGCGUCAGUAUCCCUCGAUAAGCCGAUCUCUGGAGAGCUGGAACCCCUUGCUCUAACGCACACUACUUCACCACCUCCUAGAUCGCCUAGGUUUGACCGACUGAAACCGCCUCGUAUCGAUAUCCGCAAGGCUUCGCCUCCGUCGGAACUGGAACACACCAAGCCUCAUCUGCUCCGCGACUCAGAUGUCUCCGAUACGGAAUCACGCCCACGCGACUCGAUCGAUAAGCCGCGGGACAGCUUAAUAGACUUGGCUGAUAUGCCCUCUCUCCCAGCUUCGCAGAACCGAUACCGACCCCGCCUCGGUUCUCGGACGUUUUCGGAGAGUGCUCGCCACUGGUCAAUCUCGAACGGUAGCCAGACACCCCAAGGCACACAGAUUUCUAGGCGCGAGAUUGCACGUAUCCGCGCGCUAAUCCUGUGUUCCGGUAUUAAGGCGAUGGAAAUUUCGCGGCGUGCGCACGAGCAAUACAUGCUUUCUACGCUCGACGACAAUGCCGCCGGGUUGCCGUGGGCAGGUAUCCGCCAGUUCCUACCGGACAAAUCAGCCAGCGUCGUUGUGUCGGAGGCGCAACUAUACCCGGCUACAGCGCAGAUACUCUCGGAGAGCAUCGCCCGCUCGAUCCAGGCCUCGGAGACUAGCAGAGCGCGGUUUGCGGGCGAGACCGUACCGGCGCUGUACCGGCGCGUGGAUGUCUUACAUGACCGCGUAGGCGGCGACUUGAUGGAGAUGACGCGACGUGCCGCGGACGAAGCGGACGAGGUGAACCGCGACCUGGUGGAUGCACAACGACUCAAGGCGAAGCGUGUGACGGACACUAUGGAUAAGAUGCUGCGGCGUCGAAGACGUCGGUUCCGGUGGGCUCGCCGCGCGGGUUGGCUCGCCGUCGAAUGGGUGCUCGUCGGGUUCAUGUGGUACGUCUGGUUCGUAGUCAUGCUUGCUCGUAUAGUACUAGGCGUGGGGAAGGGCAUCGUAGGUGUCGUGAGGUGGCUGCUCUGGCUAUAGCCUCGAGGGAAGAAAUAUCCAGAUGACAAGAUACCGCGUUAUUCUUUGGUCUCAUGCGUUGAGCACCGAGUAUAGGAGGAUUUUGCUUGGACGAUAAUCUUUUGGUAAUGAUACCCCUGUGGUUGCGUUGCGUUGCGUUUUCUUUUUCUCCUUCUGUCUAGCUCCCCUUUUCUCUUAUGACUCUUUAUUACUACUUACUACUUACUACUUACUACACUACUAUCGACUUAGCCCACACGGGCGACUUUUUCUCUUUACCUACCUACCUACCUAUUCUAUGUAUCUCAUGUAAAAUAUACAUGCUCGACUGUUAUCAGUACUGCCUACCUACCUACCUACGUUUCUUUCCUUAGUGUCUGCGUUUCUUUUUAGCAUGGUUUGUUUGUUUUAGUCUUUGAAGUAGAGAGCAGAGCAGAGCCGAGCGUGCCUGCGAGAAAGAAGAGAAGACAAGAGAGGAGAGGAGAGGUAUGCUGUGUUGUGUCGUGCGUGGAGGAAGAAUCACAGUUGCGCGGCGUGGAUGGAGUCGGCAUGAACUCGGAGUACUUCUAAUAAUUGCCUAUGUAUGCAUUGCGCGGAUUGGAAAAAAUGGGAUCAGAACACUGGUUAUACGUACGUGUACGAUAUACGCGUUUCUAUUACCGGGUGUUUUUUUUUUUUUUUUUUCAGCUGUAGGAUUGUGUAAUAUGUAAUAAUGUUAAGUUUUCUGCUCA